AUGGCACAUCAGAGAAACUCCUCGAUGUCCCAUAGGAGGAUUCCUUCGCGCCAACUUCCCGCCGUUCGCAACCGUAUUGCAUCAGACGCUUCCGCCCGGCCCAGAGACGAGCCUUCACCUCGUUUUCCGUCAGAUGGAAAGCCCUUGAACACUGCCGGUGCCUCGCCUUACCAGCAACAGGGCGAUGACUACUUCUUCGAGCUUCGAUCUCCCACCAAGGAACCGAUACCCGAAGCCACUGAGAAUGGCCACACUCUUCCUCCACGAAAGUCUUCGCUACUGCCACGAGGCGCAUCCACGCCGCUCGAUUCGACCACCGAGGAAUGCCUCCCCAUCGUGACCUACCCACCUCCCGCGCCAACAUGGGCGAACCUCCCCAACAAGGGUCAAUUGGCCAUCCUCGCGCUUUCUCGAUUUGUCGAUUUCUUCCAGAUGGCAGCGAUACAGACCUACAUGGUCCACCAAUUGAAGAGCUUUGAUCCAGAGUUGUCAGAGGUAACAAUAUCACACCAGGCCGGUGUGUUGCAGGGAGCUUUCACGGCCGCGCAGAUCUUUACGAGUAUAUUGUGGGGAAGAGCCGCGGACCAGCCUGCGUUAGGGAGAAAGACGGUGCUCAACAUUGGGUUGGUGGGGACAGGGAUUGGAUGUAUUGGGGUGGCUUUCAGCAAGACGUAUGCACAAGCGGUCUUUUGGAGAUUGGUCAGCGGUGCUGUGAAUGGAACUGUGGGAUCGGCGAGGACGAUGGUGGCUGAGAUCACGCCGAAGCCAUGGCAUCCGCGCGCGUUUCUGCUUUUGCCGGCGGCGUUCAACGUUGCAAACGUGGCGGGGCCCAUAUUGGCCGGCAUGCUGGCUGACCCGACGGUGAACCUACCGAAGCUGUUUGGACCCAAUAGCACGUUUGGAGGAGCGGAGGGUGUCAAGUGGAUGGCCAAGUACCCGUAUGCUGUUGCCAAUCUGACGAGCACAGUGUUGCUUUUCGCCGAAGCGAUACUGGUUCACUACGGACUACAGGAGACUCUGAAGGCGAAACGACCCAUGGACGUUUCGGAAUUUGACCCCGUGACAUUGGCGCGGAACAUUUACAACAACUUUGUGCUGGCCAAGAAUCAGGGCUACAAGAAGCUACAGCAGACUCAACGACAAGGUCUGCUGGCUGAUGAAGAUAAUUGUGGCUCGCUGGAGAUGGAAAAGUUGGCGACGACUGGCGAGAAGCAACAACCGAGACCGAUACAGCGACUUCCUUUCCGGAGGAUAUGGACAUCGAACGUUUUUUGGACUUUGCUGAGCAUUGCAAUCUUCGACUUCCAUAUGGGUGCUUUUGCCAAUCUGUGGAUCCUGUUCCUCGCAACGCCGCGAGAGUUUGUACCCGAGGAGCGCGCACCUAUUGCGCCAAGCGAGCCUUUGCAACCGGUGGCACGAGAUCUUCUGCUUGCCACAAGGAGCGCGUUCAAGUUCUCGUCUGGUUUGGCUUUCCCGCCUCCCACGAUCGGCCUCGCCAUGGCCAUCAUUGGCUUCAUCGGUGUCGCUUUACAAUUCCUCCUCUAUCCCUGGGCCAACGGGAAAUUCGGCCUAAUGCGGUGUUUCAGGGGCUCCCUCUUCCUCUUCCCGCUGGCCUACUACCUCGCACCCUAUCUUGCGCUCCUACCCUCGGCUUCGGAGCCUCCAAACCCCGCGAGUGGAAUCAUCAUCUGGCUCGGCAUCAGCUUCGUCCUCUUCCUCCAGGUCGCCGCUCGAACCUUCGCCCUGCCGGCCUCCAUCAUCCUCCUCAACAACAGCUCUCCCCACCCUAGUGUCCUCGCAACCAUCCACGGUGUCGGAAAUGCCUGCUCCGCCACUUUCCGGACGCUCGGCCCCAUGCUCGCGGGAUACUGGUAUGGGAUCUGGACGGAACGCGGCAUUGUCGGCAUGAGCUGGUGGAUUGUCGCACUGGUAGCCUCGCUCGGAUGUCUGGCGAGUUUCAAGGUCCGAAACGGUAGUGGACACGAGAUCUUCCUGCCGGACGAGGAGAAUGAGCAGAAGGAAAGUGAGACUGCGCAGGGCAGCGGGGACGGUAGAUGA